AUUAGCAAACAAGUGCUACUAAACAAACCAAAACCAACGAUGCCGUUCACCUGUACCGAUAUCUGCAAGAUCAUUUUAGCCAUUAUUCUGCCACCAUUGGGCGUGUUGGCGGAAAAAGGCUGUGGUGUGGACCUGCUCAUCAACAUCGCAUUGACCAUAUUGGGUUUUAUACCUGGAAUAAUACACGCCCUGUAUAUUAUAUUCAAAUACUGAUUACACGAUCGCAAUUAUUAUAAUAUAAAUUGUAUCAAAAAUUGUCUCAAAAACUAUUUGACAUUUUACACAAAAAACAACAAUUUUUUCAUUAUUUUUUUGUCUGUAUUUUCGUUAUUAUAUAACGCUUUAAAUAUUAUAUAAAUCUUCUAUCUUUGUAACAAAAUUUUGAACAAUUAAUUUUCUAUUAUAAUUAUUAGCAAAGAUUAGGGUGGAGUUUGUUUUUUAUUGCCUUAUGCUGAUUUUACAAUGUUAAUUGUAUUACAUUUAUAAAUUUUACCACUAUUUGUUGUGCCGGUGAUUUGAAUCUUGGUUAUAUGUUCACAAUGAUUGCCUAAAAAUCAUAUAUUAUAUCGGAGUUGUAAUGAAAUUAAUUAAUUAUAGAUUAUAAUGAUGUUUGUAAUUCAUAAAUCUCAAUACAAACACACAUUAUUAUAAUGAAAGUCCUUUUGAGCAAAAUAAGCAAAAAAUAUUAUCAUACAAAAUGUCACUAGAUGUUUUAUUUGAUUACCUUAUUUCAAUUAUUAUUUACAUUUAACUAUAUUUACAAUUUUAUUAUAUAAUUCUCUCUCUCUCUCUCUCAUUCACUC